CGACAGUGAUGGACGAUUCAUCCUACAGAGAUCCCAAAGUUGGUGGGAUGGUCUCAACCGCGAGCCGUCGGAUGAGCCUUGUCGGUGUGAUGGCCAAUACGCGAGCGAGACGGAUAAGCUCCAUGGGUACUCAACUGGAUCCUGCUGCCAUGGCUGCUGUUGUCGAGGCGCAUAGAGAAAAAAAAAUUGACAGUGAAAAUGCGUCGGAUGAUGAUAUGGAUGAGGCGGGUGUGUUGCCUGGGGGCGUUGGAGCAGCAUCUAAACGACCUGGCCGCUACGAUGCACUUACCGUUCUCCAAAAGGUAACCUCAGACGGCCGAACUGACCGUCCCCGUCGCAGCAGUGACCUCGUAGGGCGCUGGGACACUACCCGUUCCCGUGCCGGUUCCAUCGCCGUUCGCUCACUUGCCCCCGAUGAUACCUCUGAUCCCAUCACCACUCGAAAAACACCUACAUCUCUCUGGAGCGGAGACGAAACAGCCGAUCUCCACCAAUCCCAUACACACCAACAUGAGCAACUCACUGUUGAUUCUUCUAUUGACGACAUCCGGGAGUACGGCGCAUCUGUGCUUCACCCCGGAAAAGUCCUCGGCGUUCUUCCUGAUGAGUACGACCGAGACGUUUACACCGAGUUUGAUGAACUGUGUAACGAGAUGCUGACGGUGCUGGGUGAAUUUGAGACGGCGCUGGAGGAAAUGACGAUUUGGAAGGACGAUUUUUUGAGACAGACUGUGCCUUCCAAUAUCAAACUACAGCUGACCUUACUGUUUGCAAGAUUGUUUCGCAGUAAGUCAGAGCUCCAUGAACCGGUGUUUGAGUUGGUCAAGCAAGUACGAGUCUACUCUCGACCAUGGCUGGACAAGCGAUAUGCUCUGGUUGAAUUGGAAAAAGACUACCAAAGACAAUGCCACAUUAUCAAUGUCGCAAUUCGCAAAAUGGAGCAAAUGCAAUUACAGGUGGAACGCAUCCGGAGCGAAAAGCGGGUGGCAUUGUGGGAGAGAGUUACAAAGCGGCUGAUGGACCUUUUUCCAGAUUACGGAGAGCAAUUUGUCACUGUGGAAGUUCCGGAAGAAUCCGCUACUGAACCUCCAGACACGGCCAACACUGGAAUGUCGUUCCCACAAACCCCUGCAACAGAUGUAAUGUCCCGUCCGUGGACAACCACGACAGCAUCUGGAACCUCUCUAAAUAGUAGUAUAUCGAAAAGUCAAUUGCGCGCUUCUAUUCGUGAAUACAUAACACAAGAUACGCCCACCUGGAGACGCAAAGCAAAGGACUUGGUCAAGCAAUUUCAAAGCAUCCUGGAGAUGCAGCAUCCUAACCUCAUCGCCCUCCUCGGACACUUCCACCGACGUCCGGUUCCAAAACCCGCUCAACCCGUCUAUAUUUCCUCUCACUCAGGAACAAUCAUAUCCCGUUCAGCGAAAGUUCCAAACCUCCGUGCAUCAUGGUCUAUGCUUGAUCUGCGUCAAUUUAGCAAGAUGGAAAACGAGGAAGAAGAAUCGAAACAGAGGGUAUUGAAGCGAUCAAAUAGUUCUGGCGUACUGUUUGCUUUGGGGAAGGAUCCCAAGUUACGACGGCCAUUGCCGGGUGCUGCUAUUGGAAGGAGAGAGAAGAUCCAUUCAGGCGGUCCGGUUCCGCAUGGUAGUGGGGCAUUCCGCAACGCCGGCUUUGAUUCGCCGUCGGAAGAACGUAGAGAGGACACUGAAGCGUCUACAUUUAGCUUACGGUACCUUGAUAGCAUAGGUGAAGCGGAGAUGAAGGAAAUCAUUAAUUCGUUCAUUGACGAGCAUCCCAUGAAAAUACCUGCUGACGGAAACCUAAUUGAUCAAGAUCCGUCAACGAAAGCAAGCAUUCAUAAAGAAACGUACACUCUCCAAGAUGUCAUGGAACUUACCCUUCUGCACGCCCAACAAAUGCAACUCCUUCAAUCCGAAUACGAAGAGCGCAUUCAACAGCUUGAGAACCACAUGACUGAGACAGAAGCAGCUCACGAAGAAACCUGCGGCGACUACGAACGACGAAUUGAUGUCCUCCAAGAGCGAGUCAAGCGUAUUGCACAAGAAUAUAUGAAGCAAGCCAAGGAAGGUACUCCACCGGACAAGCCGCAUACAGGAAAAGAAGAUACAUCGGAUGUAACCUCCGAGGUGGAUACGGACUUGCCCAGGCCUGACAGACCGCGAACAAAGAGCACAAGACGGAGGCGGAGUCGAAAGAAGAGUCGGCAGAGGUGGAGAGACAGGAAGAGUCCCAUCCGGAGUCCAAUACAUUUGGUACAAAAGAGGGUCUUACCGCCGAGACACAGGCCUGUGUUCACCAGCCCCCCGUUUUCCAUGUCGUUCAUGGACCGCCUUCGGUGGUUUACUGAAGCCAAACUCCAAAAACGAAGCACCAUCCAACAAAAAUUCCGAAGCAUCGAAAUGAACGCUAACGAAGAAAGACUGGCCCAAUACCACUUAUUGAGACCGGAGAAGGAUUCACCAACGGUAGAAUCCGAUCCGGACGUACAUUUGCCUGCAGAAUUUAUGCCCAUGCCUGGGGAUGUUCCCCCACCAAAGAGGAAGGAUAUUUGGGCUGAACAGGGUAUUAAUAUGCCAUGGGGUGGAAGAUUCAACGUGCAUCGUAGGGAAAUAGGGGGAAUGAAUAUUCUGAAUUUAUUCGAUGUGGCAAUGCGGUUCCAUCAUCCGCAUCGUUCAAGAGAUACACCAACCACACAGAAUCAAACACCUCAUGAGGAAGCCAGUAGAUUUGAUACCCCGCUUUAACACAAAACUUCGUAUGAUUAAAUAUAAUCAAAAAACUUGAAACUA